AUGAGGAAUUUGAGAGGAUAUGUUACAAAUGUUCUGACUUUCUGGUCAUCUGACGAUGCCGACGACAUCCGAAACUUUAAUCUCAUUUUAUUAAGAUUCAAGGAAGGGACUUUUUUAAGGUGCUUUUGCGCAACCCUUAUCUUUCUCAUUUGUCGUCUUAACGUCUCUCUUGGUCCUGUAAGGAAUUUUCGCGAACUCUACAAUCUUUGUAUUUUCUUCGCCAGCAUUAUGGGACGAACACCCAAGUCGAAGAUUGCCUCAUUAUACCAUUUUUGGAAUGCACAACAGCAGGAACAGCAGCGGCAACAACCGCGUCAACAACAAAUUUCUGGAAACAAUCUCGGACUACAGCAUGAGGUGAUCACUUUGCAUGAUAGUCCUCUCGAACAUCUCAAUGCUGUCCCAUUAAAUGAUUCAGCUAGCCCUGAUACUCCCCGCAGAAAUGCUCCCUCUUGGGCCCCUCUUGCUCGUCAUUCGACGACGUCUGACCCGUCUCCCUCAUCGAAGUACCUCCCAGCAACAUUGCGACACAUUAGCCCAGCGAGCGAAGCUGAACUGGAAAGGUCCGGAUUUGACCCACUGGAAGGAUCGUCCAUACGAUACCCGGCAAAUGAGUACCUUCGCCAAUAUGAGGUAGACAUUGUUAAAUCAUGUGUCGCAGUUAACUCUGUCAUUUCUCUGCCGCUUGCCGUGUCAGCGGACCAUAUUUGCGCUGUCGUUAUCGCAAAUUUCCUUAGGUGGUUUCCACGAAGUCGUGCCGUAUUUUGUUGCAACUCAUUGGAUGCCGCACAGUUGUUCGAAGAACGUUUGUUGACUGUAGGCAUUGUAGCCGAGGAGAUUUCUAUUGUGGACACGUUUCAAACUUUCAAAAAAAUACCCACACAUAAAGUUGGACGUGUGAUUGUCACGACACCUCAGACUUUGGAGAAAAUUGUUGAGUCCGAUUCGACAGUUAUCGAAGAUAUUCGGUGCUUGAGCUUCUGUUUGGAGAGCUCUGAAAAUCUUCGAAUAACCAAGUACAAAAGUGUUGUUGGGACGUUAACGGUUAAAGGGAUACUUUUCCGUGUAAUAGUGGUGACUCCCUCUGUACCAUCAACGACCAGAAAACUAGGUCCAUUGAGAAAACGACAGCAACUGAUCACAUCACUUUUUAUAUCUCAAUGGAUCGAGCCCCCAGCAUCGGAUCUAUCAUUUAGAAAUGGUUCUGUCCCAUUAGGAAUCUCAGUCGGAUACUACAGAACUAUAGAGAUUCUGUCAGAUACGCGAUCUCUCAUCGAGAAAUGGCUGAAGAGGAGUAUCUUCUACUUGGAAAAACUGCAUGCCUUAAUACCAUUACCGUCUACACGGCCAGAACAUCUGUUUUCACUUGAAUGGGAUCAGAUAGCUACGUUGGCAGGCUCUUCUACAAGUGAAACCGUCCAGUUGGUUGUAAAUUGUAUGUUCUUGGUAGAGGCUGCGAGGAAUCUGAUCGUUAAUGGCCCACGUGUAUUCUAUUUGUAUUGUGUUGAUUUAUUUGGGAAAGCAGAGAAGGAUUUACGUGCUAGUAACAUUCAGCUAAUGAUACUUGGCGAUGCAGUUUUGUCGAAAAUCUACGAGAAAAUACAAACAAAGUACAGCUAUAACACAGGUUCGAUUUUCGAUAUUAGCUACAACAGCUUGUCUUUCACUUCUCAUCCAAAGUUCUCAAGGAUCAAAAAAGUUCUGGAGAAAUUUCCGAGCCCUUUAAGAUGUCUUAUUCUUUGCGAGAACGAGUUCGUAUCGCGUGUAGCGUGCGAAUCUCUGGGUGACAUACCGAGAAUUCGAAAUGGAAUCAUUCGAGUUCUACAACAUCCGGAACCACCGGCCGCUUUCCGGAAGUAUCACCGUCUGCCAACGCAGUGCACUGGGUUAUUCAGCCACGUUAAUAAUGAUGUCAUUUUGGUGCUAGGAAUGGAUAUUCCUGACGCUAAAAAUGUAAUCGACACUGCAUGCUCCAAUCAGCUUCACAUUGUGGUGUCACUGGACAGGAGGUAA